GGCGCUGACCACAGCAGGCCGCAGAAGGGUCAGGCGGGCCUUGGAGAAGAGAUGCCGGGCAAACGGUCUGACGAGGAGUCGGUGGAGGUGGAGGCUGGGGAGGAUGAAGGUGAGCAAAGCCUGGGGGGCCUGACCAAGGAGGAGCUCCGGCAGGGCCAGGAGGCCGCCCUGGCGCUGGAGGACAUGAUGGCGCUGAGUGCCCAGACCCUGGUCCGGGCCGAGGUGGACGAGCUCUACCAGGAAGUGCGUCCCCUGGGCCAGGGCCGCUUCGGCCGCGUCCUGCUGGUCACCCAUCGUCAGAAAGGCACGCCCCUGGCCCUGAAGCAGCUCCCGAAGCCCUCCACCUCCCUCCGUGGCUUCCUGUAUGAGUUCUGCGUGGGCCUCUCGCUGGGCGUGCACGCGGCCGUCGUAACCGCCUACGGCAUCGGCCUCGAGUCAGCCGACUCCUACAGCUUCCUGACGGAGCCCGUUUUGCACGGGGACCUCAUGGCCUUCAUCCAGCCCAAGGUGGGCCUCCCACAGCCGGCCGUCCAGCGCUGCGCCGCCCAGCUGGCCUCGGCCCUGGAGCACAUCCACUCCCUCGGCCUGGUGUACCGGGACCUCAAGCCGGAGAAUGUGCUGGUGUGUGACCCCGACUGCCAGCACUUCAAGCUGACCGACUUCGGCCACACACGGCCCCGUGGGACCCUGCUCCGCCUGACGGGGCCGCCCAUCCCCUACACGGCCCCCGAGCUCUGUGCGCCCCCGCCGCUCCCCGAGGGCCUGCCCAUUCAGCCUGCCCUGGACGCCUGGGCGCUGGGGGUGCUGCUCUUCUGCCUCCUCACUGGCUACUUCCCCUGGGACCAGCCCCUGGCCGAGGCCGACCCCUUCUAUGAGGACUUCCUCAUCUGGCAGGCCUCGGGCCAGCCCCAGGACCGCCCUCAGCCCUGGUUCGGCCUGGCCCCCGAGGCGGACGCUCUUCUGUGGGGGCUGCUGGACCCUCAUCCCCGCAGGAGGAGCCCUGUGAGCGCUAUCAGGGGCUACCUGGGGCGCCCCUGGAGGCAGCAGGCCGGGGAGGAGGCGGGGGAGUGA